CUUCAACACAUCAACUUGAUCCACGUGCUUUGAGUUGAGCGUUGUGUAGCGCAGUGCGAUCUCCAGCGAAAUGGGGCGAUCGCGCCGCAAAUACGAUGCCAAAGCGAGAGGCUCGCAACGUACAGCGUCCACAGACAACGACAAACCGCCGGAGGUCGAAGUGCAACUAGAUGUGAGAGAAGACAAGUACGACAGUAGCAAUGCCUUGGUCCUGCCUUCCAAGAAAGCUGGCAAGAAGGAAGCCAACAAAUCGCAAGAUGUCAAGGCGGCUCCAAAGCUGUCCAAGAAGAAGAAGAAAUUACUACAGAAGAUUUUGGAAAAGAAGAACAAAAAGAUCAACAGGACUCACCUACUAGAAGAGCUUCAGAAAUCACAGGCCAGCCAGAAGGAGCUUUCUAUGCUGAUUUCCACAUCCGCCAUGCAGACCAAAGGUCUGAAACGCCUCAGCGAGCUCACGACUGCGCCUCAGCCGGAUGAGAAGAAGGGGCCAACACGAAUAAGCAGCGUCAAGGGAAGCAGACAAAUGGCACCCAAGAGAGCCCGCAUCGACAGGGAUGACGUCCUAGGUUUCGAUUCGGAAUCGUCGGAGUCUGAAGACGGUGGGACUGAUGACGACGAGCUAUCGGCCGGAGAGGAAGGGUCUGGUGAUGGCCAGAGCUCUACAGAAGUGAAGGAAAGUGGAGAAGAUGAGGGUAGUGACAAUACAAAGAGCGACGGUGUGACAGAGGGUGCAGCUAAUGAGGCAGUCAAAGAUGCUGAGACGGCCACAGCGGCAGCGACACCAGCGGAAAGCCAACAGCAGCCUCAAGUGAAGCCUGUUGAGCGUUCCACGCCCUCCGUUUUUAUGCCCGUUCACAGGAGUGAAGAGGUUCAACUUGCGACCAUAACCCCAGACUACCUUGAAAGCUCGGCACCAGCUUCCAUUCUGGCGGAAGAACAACGAAUAAUGGAAGCCAUAGCGGAACACGACGUUGUGGUAAUCUGUGGCCAGACUGGCUCGGGAAAGACGACACAGGUUCCCCAGUUUCUUUACGAAGCCGGAUACGCCAGGGAAAAAAUGGUGGGCAUUACUGAGCCCAGACGAGUGGCCGCCGUGUCCAUGUCAAAGCGAGUUGCUGAGGAGAUGAGCCUUUCGUCGUCGGAGGUCUCGUACCAAAUCCGUUUUGAAGGAAAUGUCACAAACGACACGAAGAUCAAGUUCAUGACGGAUGGUGUCCUUCUGAAAGAGAUUCAGAAUAACUUCCUCCUGACUGGCUACUCUGUGAUAAUAAUUGACGAGGCUCACGAAAGGAGCAUCUACUCUGACAUCCUGAUUGGCCUCCUGUCAAGAAUUGUGCCACUGAGGCGGCGGAAAGGAAUCCCGCUGAAACUCAUCAUCAUGUCGGCAACACUCAGGGUGGAGGACUUCACGCAAAACACUCACCUCUUCAGAAAGCCACCACCUGUCAUUCAGGUCGAUUCCAGGCAGCACCCUGUAACUAUUCACUUCAACAAACGGACACCCGAUGACUACAUGCACGAAGCGUACCGCAAGGUAUGCAAGAUUCACCAACAGUUGCCCGAAGGAGGCAUCCUAGUCUUCGUCACAGGACAGCAAGAGGUCCUGACGCUGUGUCGUAAGCUGAAGAAACGGUUUCCUGAAAAUUCCGGCUGUCACGGUCAGGACCAGGGUGAUCAGAAGCAAGGUUCCAGUGAGGGCAAGGAUAAUGACGGCAGCGAGGCUCCUCAAAGAGCUGAGGCAAAGACAAAGGGUGUCAACUUAGACGAUUAUUCUGUGGUGCCGCUAGACGAGGGACAGUUGGAAGAACUUGUGAAGGACGAGGAACGGGAAGACGGCGAUCUGUCCUCCUCUGAAGAGGAUGACCUCAUGGAGGAAGCCGCUCCAAAUAGGAACGCUCAGCCGCUUACCGUACUCCCUCUGUUCUCCUUACUUCCCUCAGAAAAACAAGCCAAGGUGUUUCAAACCCCAUCAGAAGGUACCCGGCUCUGUGUCGUUGCUACCAAUGUUGGCGAAACUUCCCUCACCAUUCCAAACGUUAAAUACGUCGUGGACACUGGCAAGGUGAAAAUGCGCGUCUAUGACAAGGUGACUGGGAUAUCUGCUUUUCUCAUAUCCUGGGUCUCCAAGGCAUCCGCAGACCAGAGAGCUGGCCGAGCGGGCAGAACGUGCCCCGGCCACUGCUACAGGUUGUACUCGUCGGCAGUGUUCAACGACGAAUUCCAGAAAUUCACACCGCCUGAAAUAACGCGGAGGCCCGUUGAAGACUUAGUCCUACAAAUGAAGGCAAUGAACAUAGACAAAGUCGUGAAUUUCCCCUACCCUUCACCACCUGACAAAGAAGCUCUCAAGGCCGCUGAGAAGAAGCUGAUCCUCAUGGGCGCUCUGGAAGAGCUUCCCAAGCCAACACGUUUCAAGGAUCUGCCAAAGUGGGAGUGGAGUGCGCGGAUUACACCCCUGGGGCGUGCCAUGUCGUGCUUUCCCGUGAGCCCCCGCUAUGCCAAGAUGCUGGCCCUGUCGCAUCAGCAUGGACUGUUACCCUACAUCAUCGCUGUGGUGGCGGCCAUGACUGUGCAGGAAGUUUUCAUCUCUAUGGGGUUCUCCUCUACAGAAGCCAACAAGCAGGAUAAGCAAGCAAAGUGGAAGAAAGUCCGAGAAAUGUGGGCAGGACAGGGUCACUCUCUGGCGCUUGGGGACGUCAUGGUGCUGCUGAAAGCGGUCGGUGCGUCCGAGUUUGUUGGCUGCACGGCUGGCUUCUGCGAGAGCCAUGGUCUGCGUUACAAGGCAAUGGUGGAGAUCAGGAAGCUUCGCAUCCAGCUCACAAAUGAGUUGAACCUUCUCAUUCCCAACCUGAACCUGUCAGUUGACCCAGCCAUGGAGCCACCGACAGACUUACAGGCGAAACUAAUUCGUCAGGUUCUGGUCAUGGGCUUCAGUGACCACAUUGCCAAGAAAAUGACAGAUGAAGAGAGAUGCAGUCAGACGGAAAACGCGAUUGCAAAGAACGCUUAUAAGAGCAUGGAAGUAGAUGGCCCCGUGUUCAUUCAUCCUAACUCGGUGCUUAGCAGCAAGCAACCGCCAUUUGUCCUCUACCAGGAGAUAUUCGAGACAUCCAGGAUGUUUAUGCGAGUGGUCGCGGAGGUGGAACCCGAGUGGCUGCCCAUCUACGCCCCAAAGUACUGCACAUUCUCGUCUCCUUUGGAAGACCCGCCACCACGCUAUGACCGCAAGAAAGACAAGGUCCUCUGUUACGUGACGUCAACGUUCGGGCCCCAUGCGUGGCAGAUGGAAGCCGUGGAACAGGAAUUCAGCGAAGGCCUCGACAAGUUCCGGUGGUUUGCGCGUUUACUCCUCCAAGGAGACGUACUUCCCUUCUUCAAGAAGUACAGCAAGCUACUCCUGUCACCACCCAUCACCAUGAUCAAGAGUUGGGCACGGUUGCAGCCACGGACUGAACACUUACUGCAGGCCCUGGUUUCUCGGUCUGCUGACUCAAGACAAAAGUUGUGCGACUUGUGGGAGAGGGAGCCGAAGUACUUGCUGACCGAAUACCUGGAGUGGAUACAAGAGAGCCUUCACAAUGAAGUCGCCUUAGCAUGGCCUCCACAACCUAAGUGAACUUGCUCAUUUCCUACGUGUUGCAUGUACAUAGCGAAAUAAAUUUUUAAGUUAUUGUUUGAA